AGACGUGCCGGGUGUUCAGGUCUCCAUCUUAUGUCAAGGUUGAAAAGUUGGAAGCUUCACUUUAAUAAGUUUCAUUUUAGUUUUUAGUUUUGUGCGUGUGACUAUUGUCCGUUUUUAGAACAAAAGUUAAAACAAUAACAGUUUAAAAAUUAGAAAAAAUGCUAGUUGAAAUAUUUUUAGUGUUAACAUUUGCAUGGAUGGCAAUAUUGUGGUGGCAGAACAGGGCUAAAAGGGAUAUGUGCAAAUACAUCAAAUCUGAUAUACCUACAUAUCCAUUUAUUGGAAUAGCACACAGGUUUAUUGGAAGCAGUGAAGAUAAGAUGAAAACAUUGAUGGACCUAGGUAGAGAAGGCAUUAAACACAAUGGCUGGACAAACGCGUGGCUUGGAAUGCGCUUAUUUGCAGUGGCCUGUGAUCCCGCGGAAGUGGAAUUCGUUCUCAAGACUUAUCUCGAGAAAGACGAUGUUCUUAAAUUCACGCAGAUUAUCAUUGGCAACGGCAGCAUCUUUGCCUCAGUGCCAAUAUGGAAGCCGCGCCGCAAGGUGCUGGCGCCGACCUUCGCACAGAGGAAGCUUAACCACUACAUGAACGUGUUCCAAGAACAGGGCGCCGUGAUGGUGGAUGAGCUCCGCAAGGUGGCCGAUAAGGGCAGCUUUUCAGUUUGGCAGUUCAUGACGACCUACACCAUGGAUUCUAUUUGUGAAACUACACUUGGUUGCAAAUUGGGCAUCCAAAGGCAAGGUGACCACCUCUUCCUACACAACUUUCCACAAGUGGCCAAAUUUAUAACCACGCGCAUAAUGUCGCCUUGGCUGCACUCUGACUUCUCCUACAAGCUCUCCGGCUACUACGAUCUGUGUAUGAAAUAUACUAAUGCUAUCACUGACUUUGUGUCUAAGAUAAUAAAAUCAAGAAGGACUGCGCUGAAAGAAAAUAAUAAUACGAUUAAAAACGAUGAGUAUACUCCAAAACCAUUCUUGGACCUGCUGAUCGAGUCGUCAGGUGGCGAGGAACACGGUUACACCGACAGGGAGUUGCUCGAAGAGUCUCUGGUGAUGCUGAUAGCUGGCACUGACACUUCAGCAGUAGGGUCCUCAUUCGUCACCGUCAUGCUGUCGCAGCAUCUUGAUAAGCAGGAGAAGAUUUAUAAAGAAAUACAGGCAGUAUUCGGUGAUUCGGACAGGCCGAUCACAGCCGAGGACUUGCCUCACCUAAAGUACUUGGAAGCCUUCAUAAAGGAAACGCUGCGACUGUACCCGCCAGUACCAAUCACGGCAAGGAAAACCGACAAAGAAUGCGUGACCCCUGCGGGUACAAAACUCAUACCCGGCGUGGGAGUAGUGAUCCACAUGUGGGCGAUCCACCGCAACCCCCGCUACUGGGGCGAAGACGCCGAGGAGUUCAGGCCAGAAAGGUUCUUCGACAGCCCCCCGACCCACCCAGCUGCGUAUAUGCCUUUCAGCUACGGAUCGAGGAACUGCCUUGGCUACCAGUACGCGAUGAUGUCAAUGAAGACCAUCAUCACAUCACUCGUGAGGAAGUACAAGGUCCUGCCCGCUUCAGGGAUCAGCAGUAAGGAGCCUCUACGAGUCCACUACGACCUCAUGAUGAAACAUGUUGAUAACUUCCAAGUCAAACUACAGACCAGAACUAAUUGAGGAGAAGGAAUGAACAUACAUGUAUAAGAAGAAGAAAAAGAAUAAAGACUCAAAGAUUCUCCACUAGGAGUUCUGGUAAUGAAUUAAACGGUUUGGUGAUAUAAAAUAGUGAUAUCUUAGAUAGUUUUGAAUACAUUAUGCUUUUAUAAGUUAGUAUUUUUAGAACAAAACUGCAUCUAGACUAUACAGGCCAAGAGCCGAAACCAAAGUAAAGAUACAGUUAUAUAUAAAGAUACAUUUAUUUGUUCGAAACAGGCUGAGUUGCACCACCUAACUUUGACCAUAACUUUGACGAUAACCGGUGCUUUUUGUAUGGAGUUUGACAGAUUUUUGACGUUUGUCAAAGUUAAAUUACAAUGGUGCAACCCAGUCUAAGUGUUAAGUUAUUAUAAAUAGUUUCAACAUGUCGUACCUUUGCGGUGUACAAUUAUAAUAAUAAUGACAAUUAUAUAAUAUCUGUAAAUCAAUGAAGCCAAUAAUUGACAUCAUCAAUAUUUUAAUUUUUUUAAUAUUAUUAAAACGCCUAUUUGAAAUUUUUAAGCAAAGAUGCAUGUGAAUGACAUUUCGUGGUAAACAAUUUAGUAGUAAAUUUAGAACAAUUGUGCAUCUAAAUAUACAAGGCUAGUCAUGUAGUCGGACUAGGUUAUGGGAUUCUUAAAGGCAGUGCAUUUUCGCAUAUUAACCGAGUUAUGGAACUACUGGGAAGGGGUAUCUUUGUUCAACAAUAACGUCGAAACUAAUAGACGUAGAC